AACAAAACGAAGCAGCGGUGGCGAAAUGUCCAAGCGGACAGUGUUCCCCGCGCAAGGCAGCAGUGACGGUGCGACUGCGACCAGCGACAAUCGGUCGCGCUCAGCCUCAUCUCAGGUCUUCCGACUGAUUGGCGAGCGGUCGCAUUUCGAGACAACGGGCGGCAGUGGUGCUGUGGAUGCGGUUGCAGAGCAACUCGACAACGCGCACAUCGACCACCGACCGUCGCAUCACUACCUUGACGCCAUCCCUCCAAGCGUGUGGUUUUCAGACGCCGUAAUCCAGUUCUACAACUGCCGUCUCGUGCGAGACCAAAAACUCGUCCAUGAAGACAUUUACGUCCAACACGGCAAGAUUAUUCUUCCGCAGGCGUGGUUCUUUGACGUCCGAAAGCCGAGCGACAUUCGGAUUGAUUGCCAUGGCAUGAUUCUGGCGCCUGGGUUUAUUGACGUGCAAAUCAACGGCGCGUAUGGCGUGGAUUUCUCGUCCUGCACUGCGCAAGAGAUUGGGCCAGGUCUUGCCAAAGUCGCCAAAGGUCUGACGCGACACGGCGUGACGGCAUUCUGCCCGACAUUUAUCACCUCCGAGCCGAAAACAUACCAUGAACUACUACCCUUGUGCACACGCCAGAAAGGAACGGCGACCACUGGCGCCGAAAUCCUCGGGGCGCAUGUCGAGGGUCCGUUUAUUAGCCACCAAAAGUAUGGAGCACACCCUCCCGAGUUUAUUCGGUCGAUCGGCGGGGGAAUGGCCGAUGUUCUCGAGACAUACGGCUCGGCAUCGAUGGGUAACAUUUCCAUGGUCACGCUGGCACCAGAGCUCGACGGAGCCCUUGACGCCAUCCCCGCGCUUGUUGAGCGAGGGAUUAUUGUAUCUCUUGGCCACUCUUCUGCGGAUAUCGCCAAGGGAGAAGCUGCUGUUGCAAAAGGCGCGUCCAUGAUUACCCACUUGUUCAAUGCCAUGGUUCCGUUUCAUCACCGCGACCCUGGACUGGUCGGGCUCCUGGCCACGCGCCAACGACAAGUGCACUAUGGCUUGAUUGUUGACGGAAUGCACACCCACCCAGCCGCUGUUGCGAUUGCCUACCGCACAAACCGACCCAGUUGCGUGCUAGUGACUGAUGCCAUCGCAGCUAUGGGGCUUCCUCCUGGCGAAUACCACCUCGGUGCGAUGCGAGUUCAGAUUGCAAACAACAAGGCAACUGUGCAUGGCACCGACACGCUCGCUGGAAGCAUCGCCACCAUGGAUCAGUGUGUUAAACUGUUCAAGCAGUUUGCAGAAUCCACCAUUGUCGAGGCCAUCGACGCCGCCACGUUGCAUCCUGCGUUGAUGCUUGGCAUCCAAGACCGCAAAGGCGUUCUCAAGUCCCAGGCAGAUGCUGAUUUUGUGUUUCUCAACGACAAUCUCGAUGUCAAAGCAACGUACAUUGCUGGUAGCUUGGCCUGGUCGUCGGCGUGGUAGUUUUGCUUGACUUGUUGCUGAGGCUUGAUCUUUGUUAUUGAUGUUUGCUUGCUCGAUGACAGAGUGAGCUGGACUGGUUCGUUUUGUGCCAAAUACAGCCCAGUCAUU